AUGUACAUACAUUUUAUGUCAAAGUGAACAUAACCUAACAAAUUUUAUAUUAUUUUCUUGCUUAAAAGAUAUAUUUCGAGAUAAAGGUAAUAAUUAAUGAGUUUAAUGAGAUUAUUUGUUUAAGUUUAAAGAACCAAACACAUUAUUAGUUAUAUAAACUCAUUUGUAUUUCUAAAGAGAUUUGAGGAUGAACAUGUUGAGGGGUUUAGUCAAUAAAAUUCAGCCGAUUAAUUUGGUUACAAAUAACUUUAUGGAUAUGCAAGAGCGAACAAUGUCUUCGUUAAGAAAAAUGUUAAAAUCGGGACCGAGAAUGAAAGAUCGUCCCUCAAAAAACCCAUUGGAUGGUAAUCCUUUUAUGAAAGGAAUCAUUUUAAAAACUUUAAUUAAAAAGCCGAAAAAACCGAAUUCGGCGAACCGGAAAUGCGUCCUCGUUCGAUUAACGAAUGGGAAAGAAAUGGUUGCUUAUAUUCCCGGAAUUGGACACACUUUACAAGAACACAACAUCGUCCUGUGUCAAGUUGGAAGAGUUCAAGAUUGCCCCGGGGUUAAAUUAAAGUGUGUUAGGGGAAAAUAUGAUUUAGGACAUGUAAUACCAAGAAAAUUAUAACAGUGUUUUUAAGAAGUAGUUUAAAUUGAAUAAAAAUUUCAAAACGC